GCCGCAUCAUUCUGGUACAUUAAUCCCCCAGAUCAUACGAGGCCCCAGCGGGUCUGUGAUGGUGAUAUAGAACCUCGUGCUUUUGACGAUUUUCGACCUUGAUUCACGUGCAAUGGAUGGCGAAUCACGAGACAGCAAGCAGCAAGCUUGUUGGACAUGCAAAGAUCGCAAAGUCCGGUGUGAUAGGUCUUUCCCGAUUUGUAUUAAUUGCACAAGGUCAAAAAGAGAAUGCAUUCGUCUAGCCACUCGACUAUCGUGGCCGAAGCCAAGGGACGCCCGUCGAUUUAUCACUGGUCAGCACGCGCUCCCCAAUCAGGUAUUACCUGAAGGUGGAGCUAUCUUUGUGAAUAUGUCCCGAUGGGACAUAACCUUGCAGGUGGAAUUGGAGAAGAAGCAUCUUUCUCCGGCGCACUUUAAUGUGUGGUCGAAUGACGUGCCUGGUCAGUUAUCACCCAUACCUAGAGUCGGUGCCGACAGACAGAUGAUUCUCUCGUAUUUUACAACUAUGGUGCCGCACCUAUUGGCCCCAUUUGGAGACGACAGUAGAUUUUCCCAAUUCCUCUUGAGAAUUGCCCUCAAGGAUGAAACACCGGCAUCUAGUGCCGUACUACAAGGGAUUCUAGCACUGUCAUCAUUGAAAUUGUACGGGGGCGCAGAAGCCUCUCUAUUCAAGAGCAAGGCAAUCUCGAUGCUCGCAGCUUCAGUGAAAGAAGGGAUGCACCUCAGUGAGCACCUGCAGUGUCUAGCUGCCAGCCUGUUAUUAGGCUGGUAUAAGAUCUCCAGUAGCACUGAUACUGCUGAUGGUUGGGCCUUCUUUGUGUGUGGGGCAAUUAAACUUGCGAAAGCGAUGUCUCUCCCGCGCAUUUUGGGUAGUGACGAAGUACUUCUACUCGACUGGUUAUCUUGCCAUACUAUACUUGCCCAGUUCAGCACAUCUCACUGGCGUCAAUCUGAGUCGUGCGUGUAUCGUCAGCCGUGUGCAGAAGAUCCGCAGCUCCGGAAUAUCUACUCACUCAUCCCUGAUAGAUCACGGAUCAUGAGCUUCCUAGGCUGCUCUUUCGAGUUUUUGGAUAUUCUUUCGCUUACUUGUUCUGCUGUGCUGCCUCGAUCUCACCCCAACUUCCUGUCUGGAGAACAUAAGCAACAGUUAGAUUCUAUAGAGCUGCGUCUCAUAUCAAUACGCCGGCAUAACGACUUUACCACAACUACACCUCGAGAGCAAAAACGAACAGACCUAGUUGCCGAGCUCUACAGACUAGCCGGACUCGUUUAUCUUCACCGAGGCGGCCGAAGAUCUCGAGUGGGCUUUCAGCCAACAGAAAGUGUCCUCAGAAACGCUUUUAGUAUUAUCAAACAGCUUGAAUACUGUGAGAGCGUGUGGCCGCUGUUCAUAAUUGGAUGUGAAGCUAGAUCAGAUGAGCAAAGGCUUCUUAUCCACGAAUUUUUUUCCAAGGCUUUAAAAAGACGGGACACUGACAAUAUACGGUCAAUAAGGAGAAUGAUUGAAUCAUCUUGGAUACAAGAUGAUCUAUGUGAAGAUCAAGAGACAGACUACCAACUAAAGAUCAACGCUCUAAUGAGCGCUAAUACAGUUUUGCCAAUUUUUAUGUAGGGGCCUCUAAAGGAUUAUGCCUUUUAGGGUAUAGAUAUAAUCUUAGUAGAUAAAUUUAAACUUAGAUAGAUAAUAAAGGC